AUGGGUCAGUACGUGUCAGCUCAUGGCGACGUGAUCAGCCACGUGAACAUCAGCAGCGUGCGUGUGGCUGACGGAGGAUUGUAUCAAUGCACGGCUCACAACACGGCUGGUCAAGCGCAUCAUUCUGCUCGCCUCAACGUCUACGGACCUCCGACCAUCCGCCACGUGGGGCAACUCACGGCCGUCGCAGGCCAAACCUUGAGUGUCACCUGCCCCGUCGGCGGCUAUCCCAUCGACAAAAUUACCUGGCAAAAAGAUGGCUUACAGCUUCCGGCGACGCACCACCAGCGCGUGCACGCCAACGGGACGCUGACGAUCGCUGCGAUCACGCGGGCGGGUGACGAAGGCAGCUACUCCUGCACGGCGCUCGACAAGCAGGGCCGCUCCGACCACCAGACGCUCCACAUUCAAGUCAUGGCAAUAACUGCUGCUGCAUCAGGAGUGUUGAUAUCACAGCACAGUGAGAUCUCCUCCACCUUGUCUAUCGACCGCACGUCCGGCGAGCACUCCGGCAAUUACACGUGCACAGCUUCCAAUGGUGCGAGGACUACAUCUUCUUCUGCUGCUCUCACCAUCAACAUUCCCCCGACGUGGGUGGUAGAGCCCUCUGACGCGGAUGUCUCGCUGGGCGCGUCUCUGGAGAUACCCUGCAGCGCCAGCGGCUUCCCGACACCCAGUGUCACAUGGAGGAAACAAACCCAUUCCGGGAACUGGCGAGACAUCACUAGUGAGUCUACAAGAAUACCUCAAGUGCAUCAAGGAACAAAAUCAACACAAACGAAAUCCUUCGCAGGCGCUAGUUCAGCUGUCGAGCCGCUGUCUCUCUCUGAGCGCUUCCCAGCCCCCAACGUAAUGCAAGUUUGGCAACAAAAAACCACCGUAAAAGCUCUUACACGAGUGGGUUUACAAAGAGAGUCUUCAGCGGGGCAGGACAGCUCUGGCAGCUCACUCAUAAUUGCCAAGGCAGCUAAAGAAGACAACGGACGCUAUUUGUGCGCAGCAAACAAUGCUGAAGGCCCCGGACUCUCGAAGCUCGUCACGGUAACUGUCCUAGAGCCUCCAUGGUUUCCCGUACGCGGGCGCGAGGUGACGGCCCAGGUGCGAGGAACUGCUGUGUUGGAGUGCAGUGUUAGAGGAGACGCGCCGCUGGCGGUGCAAUGGCGCAGAGACGGCCAAGUCCUGCCACUAAUCGGCUCAAAGUACAGCGUUGAACAAGAACACGGGGAAGAAACCACAAAGUUGAAGUUGAUACUGAAUGACGCAUUGGCUUCUGAUGGCGGAGCCUACGAAUGUCAGGCAUCGAACCUGCAUGGCUCAAACAGCUUGGUUUACUCCCUAGUCGUGCGAGAUGUCCCGUCAGCGCCAAGUGACGUCAAAGUUUCAGAGAAAGGAGCUCGUUUUAUAGCUCUUGAAUGGUCUGCUUCUGCUGAGCGUGCCUCCGUACCUGAGUCAUCAGAUAUCAACUUUAUCGUUUUCUACGCCACUGUUGAAGGUUCAUAUAAAGAAAUAAAAGUCCCGACCAACUUCGCCCGAAUCACCGGUCUUGAUCCCGCGACGCGUUACUUGUUGCGCGUGGCGGCCGAGAACA